AUGUAUCUUUCUCUUCUUUUUUUUGGCUUUAUCCAUGUUCUUUUUUUUAUUUCCUUUUCUCCUCCUCCAUUUCUCUUUCUUUUUUCCCUUUUUUAUUUAUCUUUCUCUUUAUUUCCCUUCCUCCUCCUGUUUCUCUCUUUCUUUUCUUUUUUAGCUUUAUUUUUCUCUCUUUUUUUUAUUUCCUUCCUUCCCUCUCUCUCUUUUUCUUUUUUCCUUUAUUUUCUCUUUAUUUCCUUUUCUCCUCCUCCUUCUCUCUCUCUUUCUUUUUUUUUUUUCCUUCCCUUUUUUUCCUUUUCUCUUUUUGUUUCUUCUCUCUCCUUCCUCUUUUCCAUUUAUCUUUUCUUUAUUUCCUUUUCUCCUCUCCUGUUUCUCUCUCUUUUUUUUUUUCUUUAUUUUUCUCUUUCUUUCCUUUUUUCCUCCUCACUUCUCUCUCAUUAUUUUUCUUUAUUUUCCUUCCUUCCUUCUCUCCAUGUAACUUUUCUCUCUUCUUUUUUGGCUCUCCAUUUCUUUUUUUAUUUCCUUUUCUCCUCCUCCAUUCUCUUUUUUUAUUUUUUCUUAUUUUCUCUUUUUCUUUCCUUUCUCCCCUCCUGUUUCUCUCUCUCUUUCUUUUUCCUUUAUUUUUUCCUUUAUUUCUUUUUUCCUCUCCCCUCUCUCUCUUUUUUUUUCCCUUUUUAUUUUUCUCUUUCUUUCCUUUUUCUCCUCCUGUUUUCUCUCUCUUUCUUUUUUCCUUUAUUUUUCUCUUUAUUUCCUUCCUCCCUCCUUUUCUUUCUCUCUUUCUUUUUUCCUCUUUUUCUUUAUUUUUCCUUUCUUUUUUAUUUCCUUUUUGGCUUUCUUUUUUUCUUUUUUUCUUCUCUCUUUUUCUUUUUUCUUUAUUUUCUCUUCCAUUUUUUUCUCCUCCUUAAUUUCUCUCUCUCUUUCUUUUUUCUCCAUGUCUUUUUCUCUUUAUUUCCUUUUUCUCCUCCUGUUUUUCUCUCUCUUUCCUUUUGGCUUUAUUUUUUCUCUUUCUCAUCCAUGUAUCUUUUCUUUUCUCCUCCUCUUUCUCUCUUUUCUUUCUUUUUCCUUUAUUUUUCUCUUUUCUUUUCCUUUUCUCCUCCUGUUUCUCUCUCUCUUUUCUUUUUUUUCUUUCCCUUUCCUCCUUUAUUUCCUUUUUUCCUCCUUCUCCCCUUUCUCUCUCUUUUUUCUUUUUCCCUCUCCAUCUCUCUUUUCUUUUUUUCUCCUCCUGUUUUCUCUCUCCUUUAUCUUUUUAUUUUUCCUUUUCUCUCCCUCCUGUUUCUCUUUCUCUCUCCUUCUUUUUCCAUGUAUUUUAUUUUUCUCUUUAUUUCUUUUCUUUCCUCCUUCCUCCUCUCUCCAUUUCUUUUUGGCUUUAUUUUUCACCCCUCUUUUCCUUUCUUUUCUUCCUUUGUCUUUCUCUCUCUUUUCUUUUUUCUUUUCUUUUCAUUUUUUCUUUAUUUCCUUUCCUCUCUCUCAUCCAUGUUCUCUUUUCUUUCUUUUUCCUUUCCCUCUUUUUUUUUUUUUGCUUUAUUUCUUCCUUCCAUCCCUCUUCCUCCUGUUUCUUCUUUCCCUUUUCUUUCUUUUUUAUUUUAUUUUCUCUCAUCCAUUUUUUUCUUCUCCCUUCCUCCUUUUUGUAUGCUUUUCUCUCUCUCUUUCUUUUUUUUCCCUUCUUUAUUUUUUUUCUUUUAUUUCCCUUCCUUCCCUUUCCUUUUCUUUUCUUUAUUUCUCUUCUUUCUUUUUGCCAUUAUUUUUUUCUUUGUUUCUUUUUUCCUCCUCCUGUUUCUUUCUCUCUCUUUCUUUUUUUUUAUUUCUUCCUUUAUUUCCCUUUUCUCCUCCAUGUUUUUCUCUUUCCCUUUCUUUUUAUCCAUGUAUUUUUUUCUUUAUUUCCUUUUCUCCUCCUGUUUCUUCUUUCUUUCUCUCUCUCUUUCUUUUUCCCUUCCUUUUCUCUUUAUUUCCUUUUCUCCUCUCAUCCAUGUUUCUCUCUUUCAUCCAUUUUUUUCUUUUUUUAUUUUUCUCUUUAUCCAUUUCUUUUUCUUUGUUUCCUCUCUUUCUCUCAUCUUUUUUUUUUAUUUUUUCUUUAUUCCCAUUCUCUCCUUUCCCUUCUCCCCUCUCUCUUUUUUUUUUUGGCUUUAUUUUUUCUUUCCAUUUCCUUUUUUCCUCCUUCCUUCCCUCUCUCCAUUUCUUUUUUUAUUUUUUCUUUUUUCCAUUCUUUUCUCCUCCUGUUUUUCUCUCUUUCUUUUUUCCUUUAUUUUUUCUCUUUAUUUCCCUUCUUUCCUCUUCCAUGUUUUUUUCUUUUUUUCCUUUUUUCCUCUAUCCAUUUUUCUUUUCUUCCUUUUCCUCUCAUCCUGUUUCUUUUCUUUCUUUUUCUUCCUUCCCUUUAUUUUUCUUUUUUUUUUCCCUUCCUCUCCUCUUAUCCAUCUCUCUUUUCUUUUUUCCUUUCUUAUCCAUUCUCUUCUUUAUUUCCCUUUUCUCCUCCUUUUUUCCUCUCUCCAUGUAUCUUUUUGGCUUUAUUUUUCUCUUUUUUCCUUUUCUUCCUCCUCUUCCAUCUCUUUUUCUUUUUCCUUUUUUCCUUUAUUUUUUCUUUAUUUCCUUUUCUUCUUAUCCAUUUUUUUCUUUCUUUCCAUUCCUUCCCUUUAUCCAUGUAUUUUUCUUUUUUUUCCUUCCUUUUCCUCCUUUUCUUUCUUUUCCCUUUCCUCUUUCCAUUAUCUUUCUUUGGCUUUCUUUUCAUCUUAUCUUUUCUUUUUUCUUUCUUUUCUUUCUUUCUUUCCUUCUUCCCUCUUAUCCAUUUUUUUUUCCCUUCCUUCCCUCAUUUCUCUUUAUUUUUCUCUUUCUUUCCUUUUUCCCCUCUUUUUCCAUGUUCUUUUCUUUUUUCCCUUUUCCCUCUCUCCAUGUUCUUUUUCUUUUUUCCUUUUUCCCUCUUUUCCAUUAUCUUUUCUCUUUCCCUUUCUCUCUCCAUUUCUUUUCUUUAUUUUUCUUUUUCUUUUUCUUUUUUCCUUCCUUUCUCUCUCUCUUUCUCCUUCCUUCUUUUUUUUUUUCUUCUUCCUUCCCCAAAAUCCUUUAUUUUCCUCCUCUCCAUGUCUCUUUUUCUUUUUAUCUUUAUUUUUCUUUUAUUUCCCUUUUCCCUCUCUCCAUGUUUUUUUCUUUCUUUCUUUUUUGGCUUAUCCAUGUAUCUUUUUCUUUAUUUCCUUCCUCCCAUGUAUCUUUUCCUUCCUUCCUCUUCCAUUAUCUUUUUUUUUUUUCCUCCCUCUUAUCCAUUUAUUUUAUCUUUCCUUCCUUCCCCUUAUCCAUGUAUCUUUUCUUUAUUUUUCCUUCAUCCAUUCCUUUUUUCCUCUCUCCCAAUCUUUUUCUUUUUUUCCUUUUAUCCAUCCUUUAUUUCCUUUCUCAUCCAUUUUUUUUUCCCCUUUCAUCCAUCCAUGUAUCUUUUUUUUAUUUCCCUUCCUCCCCUCUCUCAUCCAUGUCUUUUCUUUCUAUUUCCUUCCUUCCUCCUUUUUCUUUUUUUUCCCUUCUUUCUCUCUUUCUUUUCUUUAA